AUGCCUGCCCGGAAACUACUAGAAAUUGAGCCGCCUGGAGCUGUGCGAUAUAUCCUCGGACUCAUUGUUAUGCUGGUUGGAGUUAUCCUCCCGCUUGCGUACGCAUUCCUGAGGCGCAAGAACCCCUUGGCGGCCAACUUCCGACCGCUCCGCACAUCAGCCUGA